GUCUUUUUUUAGUGCGGCAUCUUUCAUUUCUGUCUCUUUCUUCUGUCGCUUUUGUUCGUUGCUAUAGUUGUGCCUUUAUUCUUUCUUUCUACAACUUCUCGACGGUUCAUUUCCACUAGAUGGCCGAAGAAGCACCCGCACUCAAGAAGGACUCAACCAUGGUUGUGACUGCUAAGGAGGGAGAACAGUUUCUAGAAGAGCAUGGAAAGGUUCACGAAGAUACAAAAACAAGAGCACAACAAAAAGAACUUGAAGAAAACGAAGAGGACGCUGCUAGCAAACUGAAACGAACUUCGACUAUGGCUGCGACCGCACAGGAGGGAAGCGAUCUCCUUGGAGAUGAAGAACGCGGUAAAACGCGAUCAGAGACUGCGGCUAUGAAAGAAACUGAUGAGGAGGGCGAUCAAGAGGAAAGCGGCGAAGACGACGACGAGGAAGAUGAAGAAGAAGCAAACGGAAACUGCGAAGAGAAUGCUGGAGAUAAACCAGCUGUCAAACGCGAUGGGACGAUGGUUGUUACCGCAGCGGAAGGUGAGAAGUUUUUAGAAAACGAGGGCCAUACGGUUGACGGUGGAACACGUGGGGAAACCGAAGCGGUGAAAGCUGCCAUAGAAGAAAGCGAAGCUGAUAAACAGAAUGGCGAAAAGGAAGAGGACAAACAAGACCUGAAACGGAAAGGAACUAUGCAAGAAACUGUCGAGGAGGGUGAAGAAUUUUUGAAAAGGCAGAAAACUUCUAAUGGAGAUCAUCAAGACGAAGUCACAGCUUGAUCCUCACUGUACUUUAGAUGUCACAACUUUUAUGACUGCAGGACAAUUGGACACAUCUUGUACAGUAUAUAUAUACAUAUAUAUAUAUAUAUCAGUGAAUCACAUGUAACAUUUUGAAGCACGGGCACAUACAGCUUCUAUUAAGCAUAAUAGUUAUAGCUCAUUUUAUGGUUUUUCUGAAAUGGGUUUGUCAUUUUCUACCCAAAUUGAAUAGACAGCUUUGAACUAGUUUUAUGCUCACAAGUCAUUAAUACUUUUCCCCUUCCUUAACCCUUUAACUCCCAAGAUCUGAUUGUUAAUUCUCAUCUCUAGCUUCUAUUUUCUGUAUGGGAGACCUUUGAUUUUUGCCAAAUGGGGUGUUAAAAGGCUUGAUUCAAGUAAUUUCUUUGCUCGAUCAAUCCUAGAAUUCUUGUUAUGAUUUUUAAAUAGUAUGAAAAAUACUGGUUUUAAGACACUUCCUUGUUGAAAUUUUCCUUCAAGAAAUGAAGAAAAAUUCAGUGUGUACUAAAGUUUAUUUUCACUUCCAAACUCUCCCCUCCCAACUCUUUGGUAGGAGUCUCCAUUCAGAAUUUGUGGGGUUUAUUUUCUUAGAGGCUUUUCCACCCUUGUGUAUGGUAAAUCUAAGCUUCUUUAUAUUGUAAACAUUAAGCUUUUAUACUUUUAAAAAGCUACAGACAUCAUCAAAUAAACAGCAGAAAAAGGCGCUCAUUAAAAUGCUCUUUUUAGAUAA